CAGAUAGGAUGGGUAAAGUGAGCAUGAUGGACAAGUUCCGGAGUCUCUCCAGAAAAGAGAUCCUGAUCAAUGUGGCAGGGUUAGCUGGUUUCCUCCUCCUCUGCAUGGGAGGAGGAGGGGUUAUCGGGGGUGUGGUUAUGGCAAAGGACUUCGGGGACGACUCUCCGUGGUACCGGAAUUUGAAGAAGCCGUGCUUUAAUCCUCCCAACGAGGUAUUUGCACCUGUGUGGUCUAUCCUGUAUUUACUGAUGGCUAUAUCUGGCUGGGCGGUGUGGACCAAAACAGGCUUCACUAAACGACCUGCUCCGUUGAUAUUCUUCUUCGUACAGUUACUUCUCAAUUUUGUGUGGCCCUUCCUUUUUGGAACAGCUAAACAGCUCUUUGCGGCGUUUGUAGAGAUAGUGAUCCUGUGGGUGCUGAUUGUAAUCACGAUAUUCCUCUUCAACAGUGUAAAGGGGCGGAGGUGGACCCAUAUACUGCUCCUACCGUACCUUGGCUGGGUUACAUUCGCCAGUAUCCUCAACUGGAACCUCUACAACCUCAACAAGGACAACCCUGCCGUGGAUAUCGGGUGGGUUGUCAGCGACUGAGCUGAUGUUACUAAGGUGUUACUAAGGUGUUAAUAAGGUGUUACUAAGGUGUUACUAAGGAGUUACUAAGGUGUUACCAAGGACAACCCUAUCAGUGACUGAGCUGGCAGACCGAGCUGGUAAACUCUACAAAACUUGUUGAGAUUGAAACUUUUAGAAUUCUAAUAACAACUGAGGCAGGACCAACUACAAACAUUCGGAGCAUCGUCCGUGACACGAACCUCAGAACUUGAAUUUGGGUUCAAGAUAACUUGCUCCAUUGCAAAAAUUGCAUGAAUAUUACGCACAGGGAGAAAAUCCGGUUUGGCGAAUUUAUUGGCGAAUUUAAAUUGGGCAAAAUUGGAUUAAAAACUUUUUUGUCCAAUCUUUAUGAUGUUCAACGAUAUAAUUUAAAAUUCUUGUAUCAUGUAUGUUUUGUUUUUCCUGC